UACGACACACGUGGGCUUUUAUUUUGGCGCGCGGGCAGGGCGGAAGUCGCUCGCUCGGCGCCGGCAGCUUGACGCCGCUCGCUCGGCUGGGUCACGCUGCAGCCUGGCCGGAUGUUUUGCGUCGCCAGAAUGUGAUGGGAACCUUCGUCCGUCUGAACACACACUUUGAACCGCGGCUCCACCGGCGGCAGGGACCAGGUGCCAAUGAGUCGAGCUUUGUGAGCGGGCAGCAGUCGGCCCGGUGCGCUGGAUGUCUGUGACAGAUCCAUGGGCCAGAAGGACCAUGUGGAGACUGGAGCAGGCCACAUCCUCGACCUGGGGCUGGAUUUGGAAUACCUCCACGUAGCAGGGGCUGACCGGCAGGCUGGCGGUGCUGACGGGCCCCCUGCUAUGGAGGAGCAGGGGGAGAGCUCCGGCAACAGCAGCACCGCCAGUUCCCCUUCCCCUGGGGAGGCGGAGGAGAACCCCGGGUCCGACGCCGAGUACGAGGCAGUGCUGACUUCCAGUGCCGGCGUCGCCGUCGCUGCCGGCCCUGACCCAGAUGGAGGGGAGGGCGGGCCGGCUCACAGCAAGAACACCCACCAGCCACUCUGUCGGACCCCGUGUGUGGACUUGGGGACUGAGGGGCCUCCAGAGCUCCCGUCCGAACUGCCACCCGAGCCCGAACACAUCACCCCCUCUCACUCCCCGUCCGCUUCCCCGUGUCCGUGCCCGUCCGAGACUCCACCGGACUCAUCUGUGUCCGAUUCAACGUCAGAGGCCGGGGCCGGGGCCGGGCCGGGGGACGAGCCCAGGGCCGGCUCCGGCGUGAAGGAGUACCAGGCCAAGCUGGAGUUUGCCCUGAAGCUGGGCUACUCUGAGGAGACGGUGCGCCUGGUGCUGUCUAAGCUCGGCCCGGACACGCUUAUCAAUGACAUACUGGGAGAGCUGGUCAAACUGGGCACCAAAUCAGACAGCGAGCAGACGACUGGAUCAUUAGCCUCUACCUCAUCCUCUUCAUCCUCCUCUUCCUCGUGUGGCUGUUCUGAUUCGCUGGAGGGCCAGCGGUCAGACUCCCCCUGUCCUGCAGACUCUGUGGGCGACCAGGACAACCUGCGGCCCAUUGUUGUGGAUGGCAGUAACGUGGCCAUGAGCCAUGGCAACAAGGAAGUGUUUUCCUGCCAUGGUAUCCAGCUGGCGGUUGAUUGGUUCGUUGAGCGCGGUCACCAUGACAUCACGGUGUUUGUGCCUGCUUGGAGGAAAGAGCAGUCCCGCCCCGACGCCCCCAUAACAGAUCAGGAGAUCCUGCGUCGCCUAGAGAAGGAAAAGAUUCUGGUCUUCACUCCUUCGCGGCGCGUCCAGGGCCGCCGUGUGGUCUGCUAUGACGACCGCUUCAUCGUCAAGCUGGCCUAUGAGUCAGACGGCAUCAUCGUCUCCAAUGACAACUACCGCGACCUGGCAAACGAGAAGCCCGAGUGGAAGAAGUUCAUCGACGAGCGGCUGCUGAUGUAUUCAUUCGUCAACGACAAGUUCAUGCCCCCAGAUGACCCACUUGGCCGUCAUGGUCCUAGCCUAGACAACUUCCUGAGGAAAAGACCUAUCAUGCCUGAACAGAAGAAACAGCCUUGUCCAUACGGAAAGAAGUGCACUUACGGUCACAAAUGUAAGUACUACCACCCAGAGAGAGGCGCUCAGCCCCAGCGUGCUGUGGCGGAUGAACUGCGUGCCAGUGCCAAGACCUGCGUUACCACAAAGAACCAGGGCGACGCUGGGCUAGUGAAGAGCCACAGUGUACCGGCUGGCAGCAUUGAGGCCAAAAAAGGUGCCCCGAAAAGGCAGUCGGACCCCAGCAUCCGAGCUCUGUCCUACAGCGAUGCUGAGGAGAAGCUGCUGGCGAAGGGGAGAGGGGAAAGCCAGAAGAACAGCAUCUGUAGCAGCAGCAGUAGCAGUAGCAGCAGUGCUAGCAGCAGCAGUAGUUGCAGUGGGAGUGUAACCAUGUCUCCUGCGCCGGGAGGCCCUCCAUCUGGCCUCAGCCUCCUCCAGGACCAGCCGUCCAGAGCGGCCACUCCUCACGGGCUCCUACCACCUUCCACUCAUGACCUUUACCCCCACUGUGAGUCUCCAGAUCUGAGCUACUACUCAGUAACGCGGGCCUACUCGGGCCUGAGUCUCUCCUCCCGACGGAGCCCAGACUGUCGCUUCCCCAAUGACACGGACCUGCGGCUGGGCUCCAUGGGCUCUGCCGGCUCUGAAUGCGGCAGUGAAAGCAGUGUGAGUUGCAGUAGCAGCUGCGACUCCUACAGCGACAGAACGUGUCCCGGAUGCCCCUCGGACACGUUACUGGAAGACGGGCUCCAUUACGCGAAUCCCCACAGCCGGUUGUAUCCCCAUCAUGAACCUCGGGGCAUUCAUCCCUCCGACUACGCAAAUAUCCACACGUCUAACACUGGGGUCCACAGCUACCACUUGAGCCUGACACGCGGGCAAAACUGUGCCCACGAUCAGCCUCCGGAUGCUCCCCCGAAGCGACCCCUGUACCCUUUACCCCCUCACCUCCAGCACCAGCCACUGUCCGCCCGCUCCAGCUGCCCAGGGGACUACCACUCCCUGCCCCAGACCAACCCUCACCCCCCUGGGUCUCCCCUUGGCCGCUGUCUGGCCCCAACCCGAGCAGAGAGCGUGUCGGACUCACGCCUGUACGAACACCUCUCGACGUCCCACCACCACCAUCGGCCAAAGGCUUUGCCCAGUUGGGACUCGUACUAUAGGCAGCCCCAGUCGCAGCCGUCCCACUACGAGCCAUCUGCUUACCAGAGCCUGCUGGACAGCCGCCAUUCAUCCUGGCACACGCCCCCCUGGGCACAAGACAGCUACGACCAGCACCACUCCUCUCACCCGAGUCUCCACCCGUCACCAACGCAUUACCUGAACCACCCGCCGCCUCCGGCCCAUUCUCCUCACCCACCUCACCCGUCUACCACAUCUCUCCCUCCGUACCCACCUCCCAGUUCCCACCUCACUGUGCCUUCCCAUGCCCCGCCCUCCUACAUGUCCCACCACCCAGCGUCCCCUGCACACGGUCACUAUGGAGACGUUAGGGAGAAGGUGUACGUCAACCUGUGCAACAUCUUCCCCCCGGAGCUGGUGAGCAGGGUGAUGGCCAGGAGCCCCCACAUCACAGACCCCCAGCAGCUGGCAGCUGCCAUCUUGGCAGAAAAAGCCCAGUCAGGCUAUUGAUCGAACCUCGCAGUUGUGAUCAGGAACACUGUCGUCUCCUAUUGGAAAUCAAUGGGGAGUGGAGCAUCCUCAGCUGGAAAACUUGGAGAACGUGGAAAAUCACGUCCCUCAAAACUCGGCAGGAUGCAACAAGUGUUGGGCCAAAGUUACAUGCGUCCAAUAGUGUAAUGCUUCAGAACAGGCAUGUCUGGUAUGAUGACACUUUUGGAAAUGCUGACAUGCAUUUGGAUUGUUAUGCUUCUAUAAAGACACUGAUGAGGUAAUGCAGACGUUUUAAAGAAAAAAAAAUGCUGUUGAUAAUCCAAAUGGUCAAGGGUCAGUGGAGCUGAAUCAAUUCUACCUAAUGACAUGAAGGGUGACAAUGGUCAGCUGAUGAAAUGUCUUACAGUGACAAAGUGCGACUUGUGAAGAUUGGUAUACACCUGCUCAAUUCUUCUUCUUUGCUUGUAUUUAUUUAGUAGCUUAUUAUUUUUCAUUCACAUGCAGGAUUUAUGCAUUGAAUUCACAAGGCACUUUUUUGUACUGUCCAUCAAAUCACCACUUAGUUACCAUCACAUCAAGCCAAGCAAGGAUUAUCACUUCUCUCAGCAUUUUGGCCUGUGGUUUAAAGGAAUCUGCAGAUGCAUUAUGUACAUUGUACUUAUUCUCAAACCAGAGCCAAAUAGUGUUUGCAAAUAUUUACCAACCGCUUUUCUGCUUUCAUGUGCUCAUAGCACAAGAUGGCUGUUUUUUUUUUUUUUUUUUUUUUUUGGUUUCACCACUUUGCAGAGAGUGUCAGGCAAGUUGUCAGUCACUGAAAAAGAAUCCAAAAUGACUUUCAAACAAGUGCUUAGGAUGACUUGAAGCUACUGUUUGAUCAAGGUCUGUGUAUUAUAUCAAUCUCUUUGUGUGUCUUGUGCUGCUGUUUGUGUUUUUUCACGAUGGUAAUAAUAGGUGUCUGAAUGAUAGUCGUCUUAUUUGAGAUGACGUCAGUAUUUUGGUCACAGUCGUAGCUGUAGAGAUGGGUGACCCUGUCGUGUGUACCUUAGUUUUAGUAAGGGACAUCUCUCUCGCUCUCUCUCUCUCUCUCUCUCUCUCUCUCUCUCUCUCUCUUUCUCUCUUUCUCUCUCUCUCUGCCUCUCGCUCUCUUUCUCUCUUUCUGGCCCUUUAUUUUGGGUCAACUCUGGUAUCUGCUACAGACAGAGGAGCACAUUUCCACAUCAGUAAAUAAAACCUGUGUAUGUAUUGUAAAUAUAUUUAAUAGAUUCCCCCUGGCUUGGUGCCCCUCUGUGCUUUUGCCUGACAGCGUCCACCGUUGUCUGUAGCAGAUCCCAGCUGAAUCCAUGCUAGACAGAGAAAAACUUUGUUUGAUACAAAUUGUAUCAUUAACUAAGUCGCUGAUGUUAUAUACAGUACAUGGACUUGUUGAUUCCUAUUUAUCAAUCACCGUUGAUGUAUUGCUAUAUGAUGAAGUGCAUUGACAACACUUACGUUCCAAUUGAGAUGUUCCAACGUUUUAUCUUGUGGAAAUAGCUUUGAGACAAUUAUUUCAAUAUGUAAUGAAACAAAAGGAGUUGUCUGCCUACUAUGUUUAGGUAUUACAACUUAUUUAUCCGCGUUAGGGUUUGAGGCUGGCUUACACUCUAAAGGAGCUCAAAUUACAUGCCGUGUGAGAAAUAUGGUUUUGCUGGUAAUAGGCCUCCUGCUGCAUUACAGCCUGCUCAUUCUGAAAAGACAAGUGAAAAUGAGUGAGGCUUUUCAUGGCCAGGUUGGGGUCAGUUCAUUUUUCAACACAUGAAAUCAUUGCUCUCAACUUCGUCAUCCAGUCCAGUAUAAAGUAGAUAGUUUUCCAAAUACAAAAAAAAAAAAAAACUUUGUAUAGUCUUUGAAAUAAAAGAGAAUUAGUAUCCCGCCAUUAACCAGUAUAUCAGUUCCAUUUGUACUGAGAGUUGACUGGACGGACCCCAACCCUGUUUCAUGGGUUAAAGGUUUUAUAUUUGGGUUCGGUGUUAUUCCCACGGCGGCCGUUCUGAACUUACGCCACACUCAGGGUGGGAAUGAGGUUGGUCAUAAAAGUGAGGACUUCAAAUCACUUCACAAUAGCAAAAUUAGUCACAGUAGACUGGAUUCUUUGAUCGCUAAAUAUAUUACCAUUAAUUGUGAAUCCCUCUGGAUUCUUGAGACUCUGAUGCGUUGUUUUUAUUUUGUUUGCAAAGGGGAAUCUGUAAAAUGCUAAAUGUUUAUCUCAAUGUAAGUUCAAAAUGGCCACCGCAGGAGUGACGUCUGAGUGAGCUCGCCGUUCAGUUCAUCACAAGCCAGCGAAAUCCAGCCCGUUGGUUUCUUUCCAGACUCAAACGUGCCACAUUGUACAAGUGAUUAGUAAUUGUACAAGAACACGUGCUGUUGAUGAGAGAGAACCUUUUUGUGUAUUGAAGAAGCGCCUUCUCUCGGGCCUCCUGGCACCGUGUGUCAGUGUGGGACCUGAGCGUGGGCCCAAAGUAAUGCCUCUUCAUGGCAUUGUGCUUAUGACACAUCCAAUACUCUGAACUAUGUUCAGCUAACUGUUAUGCAUGUUUUGAUUUGUUUUGGUUUUUUGCAUGUUGAAUUUGUUUAUAUAGCUGUUUUUUGUUUUUUUUUUUGUCUUGAAAGUUUCCCUUGCUGUUAUUGUGGCAUGUGGCUUUAGGCUGAACUCUCUGUACACAAAAUUGGCCUGUUUCUCUGCUGGUUAGUCUUCUGUUUCAUAUGACAUUUAAUGACUUCAGUAACACACCCCUGUUAACUGAUAUUUUUGCUGUUGGCAGUGAGUAGCCAAGUAGGAAUGCUAUCCUGUUUUCUAUGACUGACUAUUAGUCCAGUGGUUCAUCACUCAGUGGAAAUUUAAAAUGGAGAUUUUGGUUCCCAGAUAGCAAAGUGGCAUUGAAUCAACUUCUUAUUGCAUCAACACGUCUGUCAUUAAACGCUGAAAUAUAGUGCUGUCAAUCGAGCAUCAGUUAUUUCACUGAUUUACCAUAUUAAAAUUCAAACACUAUCAAAUGUCCAUGUUUACAUCAUAUUAACAAGAAUAAUCUGAUGAAUGUGAGGAGUGGUCACUGUGACACACCUGUCCAUCAACACUCAACAUUCACAUAAACCAGCCAGUGGAUCAAAGGACAGAGGUUGUAGCUCAGUGAGAUCAGCAGGUGCCUCUCACCUGCAAGGUCACAGGUUUGAAUCCCAGCCUGUUCAUUCUUGAAAGUUUCUAUGUUGUUAUCAGUGUUGCACUUGGAUGUAGAAAUAAAGGAAAGAACUAUGCAUGAGCUAAUUGGAAAUAGCUCAGAUAGAUGAGCAACUGAUUUGAGGGGACCACAAUCUGGUUUGGUUGUGGGUUCAAACCCUGGGGUUGAACAAUUGGCAUUGAUAAAAGCUGGUGUUAAUCUGGGUUGUAGUGAUAAAGUAUAACUAAUGGCUUCUAGAGGCCAGCCCAAAGAAAUGUAACUGUUAGGAACCUAAUACAGUCUAUGUGUAAUUGACAUGAUGUGUUAAAAUAGUGAACUGAGUAUAAUUGGCUGUACUUGCAUAGUGGGUGGGGGGUGUACUACAUAACUUCACUGUAGGGCAGCUGCAAGUGUUAGGAGCCAAACAGGCUAGUUGUGUACAGUACCUGAUAUGUGAAGGGUGGGUGUAAUUGGCAGUGGGGUUAGAGUACUAUGCAACUGUAGGGUGGUUGCAAAUGUGAGGAGCCUAAUGCAUCUGAUGUGUGAAGGUAGGAGGUGACUGUAAUAGACAGUUGCUUACAGUAGGGGUGAGGGCACUGUGUAGCUGCUGUUAGGGGCCUAGUGCAUGCUGUAUGUAAGUGACAUGAUGUGGGAGGGGGGGUUGAGUAUAAUUGGCAGUGCACAUAUAAGGGGGGGUGAAGUUGCUAUGCAGCUGCACUGUGGGGAAGGGUAGAGCUGAAGUCUUCUAAAGAUUUUAGAAAAUUAGAGCAUGACUUCCCAUCUCAUUUGGGGAGGGGUGUGUGGGUCAUCUGACUGUCAGACCUAUGACUCUGUUUCACCUUGAGUCAAUCUAUGUGGACAGGCCUAUUUAACAAUCCUAUCACCCUGAGCAACCAGUUUUUGGUGUGGCACUCUGACUCACCUGGUGUAUUGCACCCUGAAUCCAACUAUGCUUGACAAUCUGAGCUCCCGCCCUGUCUCGCCCUGUCUCGCCCUACACUUGACAAUCUGAGCUAUCUCACCUGAUGCACCUGGGCUGUUGCACCCUGAAUCCAACUACACCCCACCUGUCUCCAUGUCUCCACGCACCCUGAUUCCACCCUGUGGUUUGGAUCUGCUCUGCCCUGUGUGUCCACCUUGGUCUGGUCUUGAACUGAUGAUGUUGGUGUUUCCGUGCGGCUGCUCAGACCCCUGAGCUACUGGCUCACGUUGUUCUUAGAUGCUUUAGAGAGUUUUGGGUUUCACUUUACGUGUUGUACUUCAAAAUCUAUAGUUUUACUCAGGCUUGAACCCACAACCUCCAAACUUUGACAAAGUGGCCUAACACUCUGAGCCACUGGGGCAGCCAGCUUCCACACACCUCUGAGAGCUUUUCAAUGUUUACUUGGAUUGUUGUGUCUCAAAAGUUGUAGUUUUAUUGAGGUUUGAACCCACAACCUCUCAGCUUUCGAGCAGCAGCCUAACACUCUGAGCCACUGGGUUAAUUUGCUUUGUGAUGCUUCAGAGAACUUCAAGCUUUACACAGGGACUUUGGCUUUCAAAAUUCAUAGCAAGACUGAGGUUUGAACCCACAACCUCUAACUCUUCAGGCUUCCAUCCAACCCUGUGAGCCACCAGGUCUCACAGGCUUCAGUAUCUUUUCUUCCUCAGAGCUUUUCAAACUUUUCUUGGGACUACAGCUCUCAAAAAUUCAUGGGCUGGGUGAGGCUUGAACCCACAGGCUCUAAAUCUUGACACAGGCCCUCAACACACAUCAUGCCACUAUCAACCCUGUGAGCCACCAGCUCCUACGUUGCUGAUCUGUAUUUUUUUCAGAGCUUUUCAGGCUAAACUUAAAAGUGUUCAGAAAGCUGAAAAGCACUUGGACUUUGUCAGAAAUCCCAUGUUUGAUUGAGGCAUUAGUCAUUUUUGAUUCAGUGUCGCCUUUUUGUCACCUUCAAAAGCAAUCCUCCACAUGAUUCAGUGUUAAUUUGACACUGAAUUUUCAAGAUUCUGAUGUAAAUUCAACAUUUUUGACACAAUGCUAUCUGGGAUUCAACUUCUUUCCCAGUUUUGAAAUACGCUCAUAUUUCUCAGACAUAGAGUUUACAGAGUUAACCAUGGUUUCAUCACAAUGGUAAUUUACUGUUUAUAAUGAAGUCCAGUAUGUAAAACUGACCUUUUCUUAGAUAUUACAAUGCUUUUCAAGCCACUGUACUCUAAUAGAAUGAAAAUCCUUUUUGCUUCUUUCAAAUGGUAUUUGCAUUUUGUCAGUAGAAAUAACUGAACUAACUGAAUGAUCAUUGUAACAUAUUCCCUACUGUAAUUGUGAUUAUUCAUUAAAGAUAACACUGUUACACAA